GCAUCUUGGAUAUAAACUUUGAGCUCUCUAGAGUCUUUGCCAGUUCUCUUCUCAGACGUUCAAGAAACAGAGACAGAAACAUGGACUUCCUUUGGGUUGUUACAGUCACUAUUUGUUUUAUGCCAGUUUUUCAUCUAGCAGAAUCUUCCACUGCUCAUUAUGACAAGAUUUUGACCCACAGUCGAAUCAGGGCACGUGAUCAAGGGCCAAAUGUCUGUGCUCUUCAGCAGGUUAUGGGAACCAAUAAGAAAUAUUUCAGCACAUGCAGGAACUGGUACCAGGGAGCCAUCUGUGGAAAGAAAGCAACGAUUUUAUAUGAGUGCUGUCCUGGCUAUAUGAAGAUGGAAGGAGAACGAGGAUGUCCUGCAGUGGCUCCAAUAGAUCACAUAUUUGGUACUUUGGGCAUUAUAGGAGCUACCUCCACUCAACGUUAUUCUGAGAUGUCGAAACUGAAGGAAGAAAUUGAAGGACCUGGCUCUUACACAUUCUUUGCACCAAGCAAUGAAGCUUGGAAUCUUUUAGAUCGUGAAAUCUACAAUGGUCUGAUUGAAAAUGUAAACAUCGAACUGUAUAAUGCUCUCCACAAUCAUAUGGUAAACAAACGGAUGUUGACAAAGGACCUUCGGAAUGGCAUGACUCUGGUGUCUAUGUACAACAAUCAAAAACUGCAUAUAAAUCACUAUCCCAAUGGGGUUGUGACUGUUAAUUGUGCCAGAAUCACCCAUGGCAAUCAAAUUGCUACAAAUGGUGUUGUUCAUGUAAUUGAUCGUGUGCUAACUCCAGUUGGUAAUACUAUUCAAGACUUCAUUGAAUCUGAAGAUGAUCUCUCAUCUCUCAGAGCUGCUGCCUUUACAUCAGAUGUAAUGGAAACUUUAGGGAAGCCCGGGCAUUAUACACUUUUUGCACCUACUAAUGAAGCUUUUGAGAAACUUCCACGUGGAAUCUUGGAAAGAAUAAUGAGAGACAAGGUGGCUUCUGAAGCUCUGAUAAAGUUCCACAUUUUAAAUACUCUUCAGUGUUCUGAAGCCAUCAUGGGUGGGGCAGUCUUUGAGACCAUGGAAGGGAAUACAAUUGAAAUUGGCUGUGAUGGUGAAAGCUUGUCAAUCAAUGGAGUCAAAAUGGUGAACCGAAAAGACAUAGUGACAAGUAAUGGUGUCAUUCAUCUCAUAGAUCAAGUGCUUAUUCCUGAUUCUGCUAAACAAGUUAUUGAACUUGCUGGGCCCCACCAAGCUACCUUCAAGGAUUUGGUGUCUCAGCUUGGCUUGGCUGCAUCUCUACGGCCAGAAGAAGAAUAUACCUUGCUAGCUCCAUUGAAUGGGGCUUUUUCUGAUGAUACUUUAAAUAUGGAUCAGAGAAUCCUUAAACUGAUUCUGCAGAAUCACAUUUUGAAAGUGAAAGUUGGGUUGAAUGAUCUCUACAAUGGACAAUUCUUGGAAACACUAGGAGGAAAGAAGCUAAGAGUAUUUAUAUAUCGAACAGCUGUGUGUAUUGAAAAUUCAUGCAUGAUUCGAGGAAGCAAAGAGGGAAGAAAUGGAUUUAUCCAUAUUUUUAGGCAAAUAAUCAAACCAGCCGAAAGAACUCUGCAUGAAGUAUUGCGAUCUGACAAACGAUUCAGCACUUUCCUUAGUCUUGUGGAAGCUGCAGGCUUAGAAGAGGUUCUGUCCCAGCCUGGUGACUGGACUUUCUUUAUUCCAACAAAUGAUGCUUUCAAAGGCUUGACUGAACAGGAGAAAGAGAUUCUGAUAAGAGACCAAAAUGCUCUUAGGAAUAUUUUGCUUUAUCAUUUGAUACAAGGAGUUUUCAUUGCAAAUGGAAUUGAACCUGGUGUGACUAGCAUUCUUAAAACUAUCCAGGGUGGCAAACUAUAUUUGAAAAUGGUAAAUGACACUCUUCUGGUAAAUGAACUGAAAUCAACAGAAUCUGAUCUCAUGGCAACUAAUGGUGUGAUUCAUGUCAUAGACAAGCUUCUGUAUCCUGCAGAUAUGCCUGUUGGAAAUGAUCAGCUCCUUGCAAUUCUCAGAAAAUUGAUCAAGUACAUUCAGAUUAAGUUUAUCCGUGGUAGCACAUUUAAAGAAAUUCCACUAACAUUUUACAAUAUUAAAAAGAUUACAACGGUAGUUGGUGGUUCCACAAUUCGAAAGGAGAUUGAAGUGCCAUCCAUUACAAAGUUCACCAAAGUGAUUGAAGGGGAGCCAGAAUUUAAGCUGGUCAGGGAAGGAGAGACAAUAACUAAAGUGAUUCAUGGAGAGCCUAAAAUUAAAAAAUACACAAAAAUAAUUGAUGGGCAUCCUGUGGAAGUGACUGAAAAAGAGGUGACUGAAGAAAGAAUUAUUCAAGGCCCUGAACUGAAAUAUACUCGAAUCACUGCUGGUGGAGGAACAGAUAGCGAAGAGACUCUUAAGAAAUUGCUAGAGGAAGAGGUUACCAAGGUGACUAAACUCAUUGAAGGUGAUGGUCAUUUACUGGAUGAUGAAGAAAUCAAACGACUCCUCCAGGGAGCUGGAUCUGAGUACACUAAAGUUACUAAAAGAUUUGAAGGAGAGCCACAGAUUAUUGAAAGAGAAAUAAAGAAAAUUCAUCUGGAAGACAUCCCAGUAAGAAAAGUACAAUCAUCUAGAAAGGCACAAGGAUCACUACGGAGAAGAACAAGACUUGUCCGUCCUGGCACAAAACGACAAAAUCCACCGAAAGAACUGAAAAAGCUUUCAAAAAAUUAAUCAAAUUUUAAAAAAUUAACAAGAGAAAUUGUUUACUAACUCAUGUUAAUAAUAGAAUUGGGUAUAGUACUCACUAUUGAAUAAAAUCUCACAAAGUUUUAUGUGUUAGAAAUUUUUUUUUAGAAUUUAUCUGUUUUCUAUGAAUAACUGAUUAGAUUAGAUGUUCUGAAAGUAUGCAAACACAGAUGAGUUCCAUUGAUUUUGGUGGAUCUUAUUUCUGAGCCAUUGUAUAUUAAAUAACCUGAAUAGAAUAUAUGUAUGUAUAUCUCUAUUAUAUCAUUUAUGUACAGAAGACAACUAUAACGUUUCUGAAACAUUUGCCUUAAAAAUAAAAAGCAACCUUAUUUGAAUAAUUACUUCUGUUGGGAAGUAAUAUAAAAUUUAGAAUUUGUGAACUCGCAAAGCAUUCCUGGCCUGCUCUCGAAUUGCCAUAGGCAAGGGGGAUGGGAAAACGGCAAAGCAGCACGGUAGCCAAAACAAAAGCACAUUCCAGACAUAUCUCUCUCAAGGCUGUCUCCCAGGGUUACCCACAGCGGCUGGAGGGGAGUGAUCUCUACAACCCGUGAAAUUGCUCCGUUGGCGAAUGUGACUGAUGACACAUCCUGAGCGGAGGGGGGAAACAGGGUCAAGUCUGCCCCGUAAAUUACAUGAGGUCAGAGUUGGCUUCACUUGGAACAUCCCGACAUGAAGCUUCUAAUAAAUAACUGGAUUUCUUUUGAAGCUUGGCUCAAGGCUCAUGAUUUAAUUAGGGCAUCCAUUGGAACUCUGACAGAAUUCAGUUGAAAAUGUUUGUCUAUAAUACUAUGCUAUUAAUCAUUAUUAAUAUGGGAUUGUUUGUAAAUUGUCAUUUUUAAUUACCUUAUUUGCUUAUUCUUCCAUAUUUUUAUAUUACAAGAAGCCUUGUAAAUGAAAUAAAUUCAGUGAAGGUG